UACUCUGGUAGGAGCAGACGGAGGAGCGGACGAAGCGCAUUUGCAGCGUCAUUUCGAGAUGGCGGAUCGUGCAGAGGCUGUGAGGGAGUUUGUUACUGUGACUGAUGUAGACGAGGAAAGGGCCCUUUUUUUCCUGGAAUCGGCUGGUUGGGAUUUGCAGCUGGCGCUGGCCAGUUUCUACGAGGACGGUGCAGAAGAUGAAGCUGGGAUACCGCCUCAGCCAGAGAGGCCUCCGGUUCCAGAAAUUUCCAGUCAGCCCAGAGUCACGUCCUUCAGAGACCUUGUGCAUGAAGACCAGGAUCAAGGUGAUGAGGAGGGACAGAGGUUCUAUGCUGGGGGAUCUGAGCGAAGUGGACAACAGAUUUUGGGCCCCCCCAAAAAGAAGAGCUCUAAUGAGGUGGUUGAGGAUCUGUUUAAGGGCGCUAAGGAGCAUGGAGCUGUCCCAGUGGACAAGGCUGGCAAGAGUCCUGGAGAAUCUAGCAAGGCUCGGCCUUUUUUAGGUGGGGGUUACAGACUAGGUGCAACAACGGAGGAGCAGUCCACCUAUGUGGCUGGGGAGAGGCGGUCUUCAGAUUCUAAACAGGAAGUACAUGUGGUGCUGAAGCUGUGGAAGGAUGGGUUCAGCCUCGAUGACGGCAACCUCAGGAGCUACUCGGAUCCUGGAAAUGCCCAGUUCCUGGAGUCGAUACGCAGAGGUGAGAUCCCCAUGGAGCUGAGGCAGCUAUCUCAAGGUGGGCAGGUCAACGUGGAUAUGGAGGACCACCGGGAUGAAGGGUACUCCAAGCCCAAGCCUUCCUUCAAGGUUUUUGGUGGCGAGGGCCAGAAGCUGGGCAGCGCGACCCCACAGGUGGUCUCAUACGCUGGGAUGUCGAGGGUCACUGCGAACCAAGAAGCUGAAGCAAGCGCCGCCAUUGUUCUGGACGACACGCAGCCCAUCACCAAUAUCCAGGUGCGGCUGGCCGACGGCAGCCGUCUGGUGCAGAAGUUCAAUCACGCCCACAGGGUAUCAGAUGUGCGUCGCUUCAUCGUGGGAUCCCGACCAACCAUGGCGGCGGUGGAGUUUGUGCUGAUGACUACCUUCCCUAACAAGGAGCUUAGGGACGAGAGCCUGACCCUGUCACAAGCCGGUCUGCUCAAUGCUGUCAUCGUGCAAAGGCUCAAGUAAUAAUGCCCCCCAUUCACUGGACCGUGUGAGGGGGAGGGAGGCAGUACAACUUUUGACUCCUGGUUGGGAAGCACAGAGUUCUGGACCUGCAGUUUGGUGUGAUGUGUUUUUGAGAUUCAGUUCCUUGGAGAAUGCCUUCCCCCUCACCAACAUGGGACUGUCGGCAACAGCUUGUGCACAGUGACUGUAAUGGAAGGCAAGAUUCAGACGAGAUUGGAAGGAUUCCUCAACAAACUAUUGUUUAAAGUUAGUAGGAAAGAAACACAAUAAAACAUAAAAAAACAUUAAAUGUUUUACCUCAA